ACAAAAACGAAAAACAAUCCUAAGGUUUUAGAAACCCACCAAAAACUCUUCAUGUUGUCAACUACUACUACCUAACAAGAAACUCCUCCUCUCACCAACCCAAACACACCAACUCUCUCCUUUUAUUCUUUAAGUACAUUCCCCAAACACACCCCAAGCUAAAAUACUGGUCUUUUAUUCAAAAAUGGCAACUUUUUCUGUUCAAAGCUCUCCAAGCAUUUCAAGAAUUGAAUCAUCUGGGCUUCAGUCUCAUAAUUCACAGAGCUUCAGAUUAAUCUCAUUCUCCUCUCAACUCUCCGGUCUCUCUCUCAGAUCUUUAGAGACUUCAAAUAAACUGCAACGAAAUGGCUUGGUAGUGAGAGCAGUAAAGAACGUUGAUCAAAUGGAAUUUGAUACCACACUUAGUCCCAGAGUUAAUUCACUUAAGCCUUCAAAAACGGUGGCCAUAACUGAUCAGGCAACUGCACUUGUACAAGCUGGUGUGCCUGUGAUCCGAUUAGCAGCUGGAGAACCAGAUUUUGAUACCCCAGCUAUAAUUGUUGAGGCUGGAGUUAAUGCAAUCCGUGAAGGUUAUACGAGAUAUACUCCCAAUGCAGGAACAUUAGAAUUGCGGUCUGCAAUUUGUCAUAAGCUAAAGGAGGAGAAUGGGUUAUCUUAUUCACCUGAUCAGAUUCUUGUUAGUAAUGGAGCAAAGCAAAGUAUAACUCAAGCUGUUCUUGCUGUCUGUUCCCCAGGAGAUGAGGUUAUUAUUCCAGCUCCCUUCUGGGUGAGUUAUCCAGAAAUGGCAAGGCUAGCAGAUGCAACGCCUGUGAUUCUGCCAACUACCAUCUCAGAAAAUUUUCUGUUAGAUCCCAAGGUUCUUGAGUCCAAGCUAACAGAAAAAUCUAGAUUGCUUAUCCUUUGUUCUCCUUCAAACCCGACAGGAUCUGUAUACCCAAGAAAAUUACUUGAACAGAUUGCUGCAGUUGUUACGAAGCAUCCUAGAUUGCUGGUAUUGUCUGAUGAAAUAUAUGAACACAUUAUAUAUGCACCAGCAACUCACACAAGCUUUGCAUCUUUGCCAGGCAUGUGGGAUCGUACUCUAACAGUAAAUGGAUUUUCAAAGGCUUUUGCGAUGACUGGUUGGAGACUUGGAUAUAUUGCUGGUCCCAAACACUUUGUUUCAGCGUGUAAUAAGAUUCAAAGCCAGUUCACAUCAGGUGCCAGUAGCAUAUCUCAGAAAGCAGCUGUUGCUGCUUUAGGUAUGGGCUAUGCUGGUGGGGACGUAGUUUCAACAAUGGUAAAAGCAUUUCGGGAGCGACGAGAUUUUCUUGUGAAAAGCUUUGGGGAAUUAGAUGGUGUCAAAAUAUCCGAACCGCAGGGGGCUUUUUAUCUCUUUAUUGAUUUUAGCUGUUACUAUGGCUCGAAGGCUGAUGGCUUUGGCCUGAUCCAGGAUUCAGAAUCUUUGUGCCGUUAUCUGUUGGAUGAGGGUCAGGUAGCUCUUGUCCCUGGGGAUGCAUUCGGGGAUGACACUUGCAUCCGCAUUUCAUAUGCAGCUUCACUUUCUACGCUUCAGGCUGCUGUAGAGAAUAUUAAGAAAGCUCUGACUGCUCUUAAGCCUGCAGUCCUUGCUUAAUUUAGACCUACGGUAAUUCAAGACAUUAUUCCAGUAUUGCUUGUAUGCGCUGCAUUUGUUGAUAUAACUUGUGUGUAAUGUUUAAAUCCUCUUUUAUAUCAUCAUUUUAUAUGCCAGCCAAACCAUUGCCUUUGUAUUCAUUAAACAUGUAAGAGCAGAAAAUAAAAAUAUCCCUAUCUUAUGCAACUUUUGUUGAA